GGGAGGCUUUUCGAUGGCCUCGGACCACGAAAUAGUCUACUCUUAGACUCGUCUUGGACGAGGUGCCGGCGUGGGGGUUUGGACUACGUGGUUACAUGGGUCGUUCCUACGGCUUAUGUUACCUAUUUCCGUGCUUGACUUACACCGACACAAGGGAAGGGGGCGAAAGUUGAUCCCAUGAUCAUCCAUGUUGCGCUGGUCUGCCUGACUCCCUUGCAUUCUGAGUUCGGAUUGAUUCUUUGUUACAAAAGCUUUGUUCGCGGUUGACCUGAUCUACCAAAACUCUCCUCACAACCCACCGCCGCUGCUAGAUCUGCUCCCGCAAACCCCUCUCUCGUGCCACAAACCCGCAGAAUCAGUCCACAAUGUCUCCCUCAGCAAACGGCGGAUCCGCCAGUCACAACGGCAACGGCACACAGCACGGAGCAAGGCCGGCUUUGACGCCCGGACUCUACGUCCCGACAGUCGCAUUCUUCCGUUCCGACGACUCAGUAGACGUUGAGACUACACAUUCCCACGCCGUCCGUCUCGCCAACGCCGGCGUUGCCGGCCUCGUCACUCACGGCUCCAACGGCGAAGCAGUGCACCUCGACCACGACGAGAGACAACUCAUCAACCGCACCACACGAGCCGCGCUUGACUCGGCAGGAAAGACCGAACUCCCUUUGAUUGUCGGCUGCGGCGCACAGUCAACAAGAGAAACCAUUCAACUCUGCAAGGAGGCCGGCGCAUCAGGGGGCGACUAUGCACUCGUCCUCCCGCCCGCUUACUACGGUGGCCUUCUGACCACCGACCUCAUCCUACAACACUUUCGCGAGGUCGCAGACGCAAGUCCAGUCCCUCUUCUCAUCUACAACUACCCUGGUGCCUGCAGUGGCCUCGACCUCAACUCAGAUACCAUCAUCAACCUCUCGAGUCACCCCAACAUUGUCGGCGUGAAGCUGACCUGCGGUAACACUGGCAAGCUGGCCCGCGUAGCCGCUGCUACGGUUCCCAAGAAGGGCGACGGCAGCACAACCCCGUUCCGGACAUUCGGCGGCAGCGUCGACUUCACCCUGCAGACGCUCGUUGUCGGCGGCCACGGCAUCAUUGGUGGAACCGGAAACGUUGCGCCUCUUGCUUGCGUGAAGCUGAUGAAGCUUUGGGAUGAAGGCAAGUUGGUAGAAGCGAGAGAAUUGCAAGCAGUUGUGGCCCGUGGUGACUGGACUGCUAUCCAAGGAGGAUUUGUCUCGGUCAAGGCGGCAUUGCAGGAGUACUACAACUAUGGAGGCCUUCCAAGAAAGCCUUGCACAUUGCUCGAGGGAGAGAGCUUAACAAAACAGAUCGACGGAUUUUCAGAGUUGAUUGAGGCUGAGAAGGCGUUGCAAAAGUAGACACGUGUGACAUUGUGGGUUUUGGGACAGGUUUCAACUUCCAAGGGCAUCAUGGCGUAUUGUUCAAUCAAAGACCAUUUACCUGAAUACAUUGCCUAGACCAGCAACGAACCUGACGCUUCUCGCGUCCGGGUUCCAACGCCAAGAUUUUAGGCCAUGCACCGAUGUCUAGAGGAUUGGCUAGUCAAUAGCAAAUGCACUCAAUAUUUCAACCCCUGUCCUAGAAAUUAUCUAGGGACGGGACCUUCGCUUUCAAAUGUUCAUCAGCAAUGACC